CUUUUUGUCAUUUCAUAUAAGAAUGGAAUAGGGCUGAAACAUGUCAGUUUAACACAAUGUCAAAAUGAAGCAAAGCUUGGGACUUCUCUGUUUCAUAAUAACACAGUUCAACAAGAUCAAUUUCUUCUAGACAACAAUCUUAAAAGAGAACUUUUACAAAGACAUUACAGCAGUUGACAAGUUAUGAGAGGAAGAUGUAAAUACGGCCCUAAUUAAUUAUGCUGAAGGUCCAUUCAUUUUAAGUGUACAAAGGAAAUUCAGAUCAAGUGCUUAUUUACCACAAAGAGAUUAGAAGUAAAGAGAUUACGUAAAAGAUUAAAAUGUUUGAUAGAAAUUUUUUGGUGCUAAGGGUGUUUUUGUUUCUGACAAUUCUUCUGAUCAAGACCUCGAAUUGUCAAAAGCUGUGGAAUUCCGGGACAGAGGGGAGCCUGACUACAAAUGUUGAUUUCCCACGCAGAGCGCUAGAACCUGGAGGAGGGAUGAGCCAUUCCGUGGACCACAAUUCGGAAUCCGAUUAUACCACAACGCCAGAUACGAGACACAACGUUUUUACCACAUCUGCACAUUUGGGACAUAGUCGAAGGCAUUAUUCUAUUUACCCGUUUUCUGGGUCUCGGAAUAAAAAUCCAGACGUUGUAGUUGCUAAUCUCCCUUCGUCGUCCAGAAGGUCUUCACAACCAAAACAUGCAGGAAUCCUCAAUCAGUCCAACAUCAACUCUAGUCACCAGAGACCAAGACUUCCAGGUAACAAAAGUACAAAUGGCAGAUGGGUGGUGAUAAAUCAAGGGGGCCAAAUACAACCCAAGAAAAAUGACGGGAUUAGUAAAAAUGUCAAUCAAUUCUUUAGACACAAUCGGAAUAGUGUGACAAUGAUCAAGCCUUUCCAAAGGGGAUUUUUAAGAAAACAAAAUCAGCCACCAAGAACAUUGAACAACAUGCACGUACAUGUACAAGCACCAAGUCCUUACAAGAACAUUAACAACAUACAGCAAAGAAGCAAUUCCCAAAAUAAUGGCUUUCAUUCCAGUGGACGAAUACAAAAUGUGAUUGCUCCAUAUGAUAAGAUACAGUCCGGCUUGACAAGUAUUAAAAAGGAGGUCCACAUUCAGCGAGGAAUGAUCGCACUUCUGCAAAAUUCUGUACUCAAAAUGAAGCAUAUAUUUUCUUCGAUGCAAGAAGAUAUACAAAAAGUGGCUCACUCUAUUGAUGUUUUGGUGAAAAUGCAAUAAUUAAGAUCUGAU